CAGCUCUACUUUGGCCAUAAAAGCGGGCCAACUCGGCCACUUCUUAUCACACAGCAGCUAGUCGUUGGAAUAGCAAGACACUAAGGGGUUUUUGACUAAAAAUGGCAUUCAAGUUCCUCGCCCUCUUCGCCCUGAUCGCCGCCGCCAGUGCUGGCGUCCUGCCCGCCGCCCAGGUCUACCACUCCGCCCCCGUGGCUAUCUCCCCCGUCCACGUCGCCGCCCCGGUGGUCAAGACCCUGGCCCACCCGGUCCUGGCCAAGGCCGACGACGAGUACGACCCCCACCCGCAGUACAAGUUCGCCUACGACGUCCAGGACGCGCUCUCCGGGGACUCCAAGAGCCAGGUGGAGGAGCGCGACGGCGACGUGGUGCGCGGCGAGUACUCCCUGGUGGACUCCGAUGGCUUCAAGAGGACCGUCCAGUACACCGCCGACCCCCUCAACGGCUUCAACGCGGUGGUGAGCCGCCAGCCCCUCGUCAAGGCCGUGGCCGUGGCUCCCGCCCCCCUCUACGCCGCCCACCACUGAGGAGCACCCGCUCCUGGCGGAGCAUCCAUCUGUUGACUUAGUUUUAGUCGUUGAGAAUAUAAAUCGGAAAACAUCCAGA